CGCUGCGCCACCGAUGCCACUUUGACGCGAGCCCCAGUCUCUCACUCUUCCUGCGUCUUAUCCGCUUUCUCGUUGUCCUUCUAGCUGUUGCAGUAAAUAACACGUAAAUCAUGCAAACAACUUUUCAGGGGUAAAGCAAAAAUAAAAUCGAAACUAAUCGCAGCGUACGCAUACAUCCCAUUACCUACAGGAGUGUCGCUUUAGCCCUUUUCGACGAUGGCUUCAACAACGGCGUGGCUGCUGCUGGCAGGGCUGUCCGUACUAGUGCUUAAAGCUGAUAUUUCAGAAGCAUUUGACCUUGAAGAUGUAUUUAAUUUUAAAGAGAAGAAACUUGGAAUAAGCAAUCAAGAUGGCAUUCUUGGUUUGGGUGAGGUUGAGAAAAAAAACACCAAGGAACAAGGGUGGAUCACACUUAGAAAGAAGCUGUUGAUGAGGAAACGUAGAGCAGAUGGUGACUUUAACCUGGAAGAUGCUCUUGAUGAAUUUAAUGAUGAAGAUAAGAUGACAACUACAACAAAGGCCCCAGUCAAAACUAUAACAAAAGCUUCAACAACAACUACUACCACAACUAGAUCUACCACAACCAAAGCUACCAUAACCAAAAAGCCAUCAUAUCCUAAGCCAAAGCCUGAUGAGUUUGAUCUUGAAGAUGCUCUUGAUAAGAAAAAUGACAGGACCGAUGAGAAAAAUGGUGGUGGUGGUAAUGCUGGUGGUAAAUCCUUUUCAGAUGAUGACCUUAUGGGAGUUGUUGAUUCAGGAUACUCGCCAGAUAACCCAAGAAGCAAAGGGAAUACAGAUGACAGAGACACAACAGUUAAUAUACAAGAAACUACAACCAUUGCUGGGAUUGCAAGUGCUCUUGCCAUGGCACUCAUUGGGGCAGUAACAAGCUACAUCUCUUAUCAGCAGAAGAAAUUCUGUUUUAGUAUACAACAAGGUUUAAAUGCCCAGCAAGUAAAGGGAGAAAAUUUAGAAGCAGGCAUGGCUGAAGAUCAACAUGCUCAACAAAACCUUCUUCAGUCCCCAUCAGAGCCACCUGUAAAGGUCUAAUUUGGGUGAUCGUAGAAAUAAACAAAGCCCUGGAGGAUUGCGUCGUUGUGAAGAUGUCUUCUUUGAAGCUUUGUGUCUUCAGUGAGAACUAGAGUUCAAGUUGUUUGUAUUUUAUUUAUAUGAUCAAAGCUCCCCCAAUGUACUCGUUCAUCUCACAUGGGCUUCACAGUGUCACACAGCAUUUUAACCAAAUAGAGAGUAGGAAAUGGUGCAGGAAGUCAUAGAUGUGAACUCUGUGAAUUCCUACUUCCUGAAGAGUCUGAUUCUUUGCUCUGUUGAGUAGGAGUUGAACAAUCUGGGGCAUGGACUGUGUAAAUAAAGCAGCUUGUCAUCAGACGUCCAUUGACAGUGGCUAGCUGGUGUACCUGGGAGUGUUCUGGUCAAGUGGACUGUGCAUGCAUUUCAUGCAGAAUACCCCACCCAAUUACGAUGAAGAGGGGUAAGCGCCUUUCUCAUUUAAACUUGGGGGACGCCUACUGGAAAUCUCUUCACUUUUUUUUGCAGUGUCAUUGAGAAGUUGCUGUUUCGUUGUAAGAAUUGGCUCAUUUGAGGAAGAAUAAAAUAGGCAGGUGUUUUAUGUUCACAAUCCAAUGCACUUGUUUGUUCUAAGUGGCCUUCUGCCACAUAAUACUAAUAAUAAUACUAAUAAUAAUAAUAAUUCUUCACAUUUACAUACUACUGUGCUUUACUGAAGGAGGAUUGUGUUACAAAAAGUCAAUUGUGUUGAGUGUGAAUAUAUAAUAGUGGCACCACUAUGUGAGUUUUAAUUUUGAAUUUAAACUGCUGUGGACAACUAGUCUUAACAUAAUGUGUGUCUGGCUCUUUAAAAUCUAAUUAUUAAUAUGCAAAAUUUGUGAGCAAGUAAAUAAAUUGAAAUUGUGCUGAACUUGUUCAAAAAAGACUGUGAAUGACAGUGAGCAGUUACCUCGGAAUUGAAAGUUAUCCUACAUUGUAAUUACAGGUAUAAUGUGCUUAACGGUGUGGCUCUUUCUAGGCAAUGCCAACACAACUGACAAGGGUAACAAUGAAAGAAUCGAUCAAGCAGGCGCAUUGCCUCUCAUUCAUCAAUAUCGGAGUAUGCCUCGUCAGCGGCUGCCCUUUAAUUUUGAAACAAGACUCCAUAUUUCAGGUGAGACAAGAGAAUCCCGGUGUUUUAUUCAAAACUUGGACAGCUCGGUGUUAUAUAAUGCACAGUCUUAGAGUCGGUUGAAUUUUCUGUUCAUUCACGUUGACACUGAUGUAACUUUGCCAGCCACGGUUGAAAGUUCUUUGACAGUUUUCUAUCUUUUUUUUUUUUUUAAAUUUCACUUCUUCCAACGCCAAACCCCCUUCCGGUAAGCAGCACCCACCUUGUAUGAUGCAAGCCUUUGAAAGACCCGCAUUGUGACUGUAAUUAAGCCCGCCACCUGCUCAGUUCUAGUGGGCAUUUUGACUCUUCUUGACGUCUUGUGCUUCACAUCUGUUCUUUUCAGUCUCAUUUUCUUUUCCCUUAAAAUGAAUUUGGCUGCUGAUUCUUUGUCUUUGUGCUGCCAUUGUCCAUUUCCUUCUGCUUCUCGCUGGCUAUUGUGUGCAGUUCCAGUUUGCACGCUCAUGUGGCGCCUUACACAACUGACAUGGGCAGUUUCUUCCGAUUGACUAAUUGGCAUUAGAGCCGAGGAUUUGGAAGUUCUCCAGAUUUUCUAGUAAUCAGAUCCCCAAGCACACAAUGUGCAAAGCAAAGCGCAAGCAGAGUGUAAAGUUGGUAGUGCGGUCAGUAGUGGACGACCCAUUCUAGCAGCCUGCUCCGGCUACCCCAAAGGAGAGGCGUGGAGAACAUGAAGAGCUCAGUAUGAUGUGAGACGCUCUAAGACACAAAUUCGAGACACUUAAGAGCAGAACAGCUCAGGCUGGUUAUCUUUGAGAGGUCUGAGUGCCUGCAGGAGCCCUUAGCUCGAUGGGUUCUGCUGCAAAUACAAUGCCAGAUACCGACAGGGUGACUAAAAAAAGCUCUGCCGUCAUUUUAAACACAUAAAGUCAUAGAGAAGCCAUCAACAGCUUUAGCACAGUUUUAAAUAAAUUAGGAAAAUGAUUAUCGUGUGAGCAAAAAGUAGUAGCAGAAGGAAAACAAGUUAUUAAUUAGCCAUUUAUUUUUAAUUUAUGAAUUAAUAAAAUGACCAAUUAAUGCCUAGAAAUUAAAUCUUUGCUUUUCUGGCCCAUAUGUAUGUCUACCAAAAUCUGAAGUGUGCAGUUACACCCAUUUGUUGCUGUUCUGGUCUCUGGCCUGGAGCUGGCAUUGCAGUUCUCUUGAUGAAGUGUGUCAUUUCUCAUGACGAGGUAUGGCACUAACACAUCAUCAUUGUCACCUGCAGCUGGCCCUCGGACUAUGACCCAUUACUUCCUUUCCAUUAAUUCUUUGUGAUUAGCUUCACACCGAAGAGGCUCAGUCCACCACCUCUCUGGUCUGAAGGCUGGAAGUGAUUGUGCACCUUAGCUAGUAUGGCGUCUCGCACAGCCGAGUACCGACUCCCAAAUGAAACAAAGCCUUCAUUCGAGGUCAGUCGUUGUAAAUGAUAAGAACGACCAGUCUGCCUCGUGCCAAACACUAGUGACCACGUGGGUUUCAGAAUAACAUCCCCCUUAGCUAGUCACUAUUAAUGGAUGGUCUGGAACGAGUGCAUGUCAAUUGAUGUCAAAUUACCCAGCGCUUCAAUCUUUAAUUUCCACUGUACUGUAGUUGACCAAAAACAAAGUGGUUCUUCUCUUUGGCUGAUUUUAUUCAAAAUUACAGACUGGUCAUUUUCACACAGUCGGCAAAAUCAUAAUGGCACAAUUCAGAUGGUAACUGCCCUGUGAUUCAGCAGCAGCUGCUCAGUCCUGGUGGAGGCUGACAGGCUGCUCUUUUUGCACAAACUUGAUUUACUUUAAUAAUAAUAUAUUUUAUUUAUAUAGUGCCUUUCUCAUUUUGAAGGCUUUAUACCUUUUAAAACUUGUUUGCACUCAUUGACUUGGUUUGAAUGUUAAUAAAAGUGAUCGAUUAAAUUUUGCUUUUUCAUAGUG